UCAACUUUGACCAGAAUCGGAAGCUUAGCUAGCUCAGAGUUGCAUGCUGGGAUAUCGGUCUCUUUCACGUUGCGGCGGACCAAAUUUCUCACGAUACCGAGGAAGCCGCAAAAUCUGACAAAAUGGUGGCCUCAAAGAAGCAGAAAAAGCAGAUGGAAAGCAUCAACACUCGCCUUCAACUGGUGAUGAAAAGUGGCAAGUACAAUCUUGGCUACAAGCAGACAUUGAAGGCUCUCCGCAAUGGCAAGGCAAAGCUGGUCAUUCUUGCUAACAACACACCCCCACUUAGGAAAAGUGAAGUAGAAUACUACGCUAUGUUGGCCAAGACUGGUGUCCAUCACUACAGCGGUAACAACAUUGAACUCGGGACAGCCUGCGGAAAGUACUUCAGGGUGUGCACACUCUGCAUCACAGACCCUGGUGACAGUGACAUCAUCCGCAGCAUGCCAUCAGAGCAGGCCUCGUAAGGUCAAGGUCGGGGGUCAGUUCUUGGGGUCAAAUAAAUCAUAUUGUCUCAUGUGUAGAUAA